AUGCAUGUAUUACGACUAUACAGAGUACUGCAUACGAAUAAUACGAAUGGAUACAGAAAUAUCUCUACCCUACUCUACCUAGCUUGGGUACUGUAUACUCCUACGGAGCCACCCACAGACAGUAAAAUUGGUCAUUUGCGCGCAUCUGGCUUCUCUCAGUUGCGCUCUACUGUAGUAGACCGGAUCAUGAAACAGACUUACAGAUGCUGUGUAGCGAGUGAAAUGAUGAUGAGAGGCAAACGUUUACUAACAUGGCCCCUUAUCAUUUUCUCCCCGCAUAGAGGAGGGGUCUUAGACUUGUCAGAAAUACAGCUCAGUCAUAUUCUCCUUACGAUCACGGCUGUUCCCCUUGUUCUGUUGGCAGGUCCAACCUCUAUUUCGAAUGAUAAUGAUGAUCCCCAAGCCCAUUGGAAAUGCGAGAAUGGAUGGAAGGUCUGCGGUAAAUGCAAUGGUGGAGAUUGUAAAAUAGGAGGUUUCGAUUUUCAUUGCGAUAUUGGAAAGUGCACGGUGCCAAGCGGUGGUGGUGAUGGAAAGCUCUGUGGAAUUGGGAGUGCAGUGAUAUGGAAUGGCCAGGGACUUUCAACAACGCCCUCAAGUAGGAAUCAGGUGGUGAUUCGGACUUAG